AAUAUUUUAGUGACUUUUGUUAGCUUUGCGAUGGAAGGUCUGAAUCACAAUUGUGCCAUCGAGGCUUCCCAUCCCGCACACCUUACGCAGCCUUGGACGUUCUCGAUACGUUACCUGACCGGAUGAGAUGCCGCUCACUCGAUGACACCCUCUGUCCGAACUUGAGCACUUCGCAAGCAUUUAUCUGGGAGUUUUCUUGAUAUUACCUCCCGGUCCUUUGGGAAUGCCAAUUGGCCGAGUCACCCUCUUUCAUCCGUCUUCCUCUUCUAUGAAUGUUACUCAAUUCGACUCCCUCAUGAUCAUAUGACAUAUCGUCCCCGAUGGCACACAGCAGCAUCUUUGACUACAGCUCCGAGGGGUCCCCUGGGCCGCAAUCACAAGCCUCAAUAUCAUCGUCGUACGAGUCUAGCGACUGGCAUGAGUACGAACAGGACCAAGCACAAGCAAUCGCGUCUACAUCGGCAUCGGCGUCGACGUCGACGUUCAAGUGCAGUUGUGCCCGAAAGGCAUCAAGGCUCCUCAAGAAAAUCCCAAAGGAGGGUAUCGUCUCGUUCGAUGCCGUCAUGCAGCUUCACCACUCCGUCGUCGAACAGUGGCGCCAGACCACACGCUGCCGUCAUUGCAACAAUGGCAAUAUCAACAAUGCCAACGUCACCUGUGCCUUGACCACAGCCUCCGAGAAGCUCCUAUCUCUUUUCGAGGCCACCACCCACGCCUACACAGCCACCGACUACUUCUCACAGACAUCGCCGGAUCGCCUCGGAAGCGUCCAUCUCUUUUCACCUAAGCUUCCCACCACCACUGUCACUUGUACCCGGACGCAGAUGACCCUCGGAGGCUUUCUUCUGCAGGACGACGAGGCAAAUAUUCUCGCCGCCCAGAUUAUCUACAAGAGUCUAGUGACCCACCACAGUUUGCUCCAAGACUUCCAGUCUACGCAGGCUCUCAACGACAGCGACCAGUCCUUCAUUAACGAUGGAGGAGGCCUACAGCGUAUCAUUGACAGGCUUUUGAGACUUCUCGGCCGCUUGCAAUGGGAACAGGACACCAUAGAACGCUGAGGUCGGGGAACGGCAGCCGUCAGGUGUCUUUCAAACCUGUUCACCUUAGAAUGGAUACAUCUAUGUCCCGGAAACCCGUGUGCCUGACUUUCAUAAAAGCCAUCAGAUAAGCCGUCUCUAGCUCCAGCAAGAAAUGCAAUGAGCGA